GCCCAUCACUCCACCAUGAGAAGAAAAGAAAAGAAGAAGAGGGUGGGGUUGUUUGGGUUUUCUCUCGGUUAAAUGGGUCGGUUCGAAUCCCUUACCUGAAUUUCACCCGUUUGAUUCCUCAAUUCCUAGUUUCCCUUUCGUAUUUCAGGCUGAACUGAGUUUUGGUGCUCUAAUUUUUGGGAGUAGGAGAAAUGGGAGUAGCCAGCUCAAAAGGUGAGAGGAGCGACGCUUUGAGAUUGUGUAAAGAGAGAAAGAGAUUCAUGAAAGAAGCCAUAGAUUCCAGAUAUGCAUUUGCAGCUGCUCAUGUUUCCUAUGUUCAAUCUCUGAGGAAUAUAGGCAUUGGUCUUAGGAGGUAUGCCCAGGCCGAGGGGUCGAUGGAGGCCUCGAGUUUGUCUUGCCCUUCCCCCUCUCAGUCUCAUGUAGGUGGUGGGGUCUCAGAUUCUCCAGUCCCCAACAGUGGAAGCCCUGUUUCGCCCCUCGCCGCAGCCAGGCUGAGUUACAUGAAGUCUGGUGGAACAGAGGCUGUUACUGUCAAGGUGGCACCACCACUUGGGAAUGUGAAUGUUGAUGAAGAUGGUGGUGGCCCGUCUUGGGAUUUCUUUGACCCGGUUGACGAGAAUGAUGAUUCCAGAAGCUUUAGAUUCACAGUGUUUAAUGAUGAUGUGAAUGGUGGGGGUGAUGCAGUUGAAGAAGAAUUCUUGACACCUAAAUCAGAUCCUGGGGGAAGUGUUAAGUUUGGUAAAUUUGAAGCCGAGAAAUCUCAUCAUCCGGUGGGGUUGAGAUCCAACGGCCAUCAUGGUAAUGGUGAUGGUGGUGGCAGUCAUGUAAAGGGAGAGAAUAGUUUGGUGGGGAAAGAUAUGUGCACCGAAAGAGAGGACCCUUCGGAGUUCAUAACACACAGGGCUAAGGACUUUCUAUCCAGUGUAAAAGACAUUGAACGCCAUUUCUUUAAAGCAUCAGAAUCUGGUAACGAAGUUUCAAGGAUGCUAGAGGCUAGCAAAAUCCGUGUUGGGUACUCAGUGGCUAAAGGAAAAUGGUCAGACUCAAUAUACUUGACUGCCAUUGGUGCAAUUUGCUGCCGAGGAGGAACUGCAAACACAUCUGAAGGGGAGCAGCCGGUGACGAAGGUUAUUACAUGGAAGCGGACAACAUCUUCAAGGUCAUCUUCGUCGAGGAACCCGUUGAAUGGGAAGGAUGAGAAUGAUGAUAGUGGAAGUGAUUUUGUUGAAGAUUUUUGCAUGAUUGCUGGAAGUCACUCUUCAACCCUUGACAGAUUAUAUGCAUGGGAGAGGAAGCUUUAUGAUGAAGUAAAGGCAAUUGAGUUUCUCAGAAGGCAAUAUGACCGAAAGUGCACCAGGCUAAGACACCAAUUUGCAAAAGAUGUUAGUUCCCAAGCAGUAGACAAAACCCGAGCGGUGGUGAAAGAUCUGCAUUCCAGAAUUAGGGUUGCGCUUUAUGCCGUUGAUUCAAUAUCAAAGCGGAUUGAGAAGAUGAGGGACGACGAACUCUUGCCUCAACUUAUGGAACUUAUUCAAGGGUUGAUACGGAUGUGGAGGGCGAUGCUUGAAUGCCACCAUGCACAGUACAUAACGAUCUCGCUAGCGUACCAUGCCAAGACUUGCGCAACUAGCAAUCCCCAAGGAGAGGAUCAGAAGAAGGAGAUAUUGGUUGAGCUAAUGGGCGAAGUGGAGUGUUUCGGGUUGAGCUUCACGGACUGGAUCAACAGCCAGACAUCAUACGUGGAAGCUCUCAACAGCUGGCUGCAGAACUGCAUCAUGCAGCCUGCUGAGAGGAAGAGCAGAAGAGCUUUCUCCCCACGCCGGGUCAUAGCCCCGCCUGUUUUCGUCCUCUGCCGUGAUUGGGCAUCCGGGAUUCAGUCUCUCCCCUCCCAAGAACUCAAUGACGCCAUCAGAGCCCUUCUGCAGGACCUGCGCCACCAGCCAUCAUGUGAUGAUGAUGAUGAUAAAGAGGAAACUGUGGUGGGUGGGGGGGACAAGAGCCAGAAUGAGAUGACCGGUUCUUCGUCGGGCUUGAACCGGGUUCAUGCGAGUCUGACCAUAGUUCUCGACAGGUUGAACCGGUUUUCCGAGGCUUCUCUGAAAAUGUGUGAAGACAUCAGACAGAAAUGUGAGUCUGCUAGAAAUGCAUAUGUGAACUAUAGGCCUCCCCCAAGAUCCUUUAGCAUUUGAAUGUGUACAAGUAAAAAAGGUUCUUGAAAUUGGGAAUGGUCUUAUUUGACUCUUUAUAACUUUAUUGGUCCUUUGAGUUAGUUGGGGUUAUGCUUGAUGUACAUCUUUGGUGCACCAAUCACUUUUUUGUGUGUUCACAGACAAGAUUUAUCUGUAAGACAAAUCUUGUUUGUAAAAUGCAAAAAAUGAGAUGGUUGUUU